AUGACUCGCCCUCACUUUCGAAUUCUGGUCAUCGUAUUUAUAACCAUGUGUAUCCUGUAUUCAACUUUCGUAUACAAUAAUCGUAAAGGAAGCGUGAAAACUAUUGAACAUAAAAGUUUCCCAUCUGAACCGCUACACUUCGAUAUUAAGGUUUCAUCGUUGAACGUAACAUGUCGCCGUACUAAACAAAGUCCCAUACUUGUUGCUGAUGAACUAGGAUAUCUGUGCAAUUAUUUUAAUCUUCUAACAAAUAGUUGUUGCUCAUCUGAAAAUUCAACACAGCGUUUUGUUUGUCAUUCGUGCAAAUUCAAUCACUGCUGUUCUAUUUAUGAGCACUGUGUUUCUUGCUGCCUGAAUCCAAUUAAUAAACCUUUGUGGGAUAAAGUUGUCCAGAAUGUUAGUUCUAACAAUAAACGUUAUCUACAAUUAGCUACAGAUGCAUUUGAAUUUUGUAUAGCAGUUUGUAGAACAUCUUCACAAACUGUCUUGCACGAAAAUCGGUAUCGUAAUUCGGAAGAAAAUUUCUGCUUUGGAUUAGAAACGCCAAAUAUUCCAACUACGUAA